AUGAUCUUGGAGCCAUCCAUUUGGAUUUUUGGUUACGGUUCCUUGACCUGGAAACCGUGCAUAAACUAUGCGAAGAGAGAAAUCGGCUUUAUUUGGGGAUUUUCAAGAAAAUUUUGGCAAGGGAAUAUCCACCAGAGAGGAACAUUUGAAAAGCCUGGACGUGUGGCAACCUUAAUCAAUUCAGAAGGAGAAAAGUGCUGGGGAGUGGCCUAUGAAGUUCGGGGACAAGAGAAUAUCGAAAAUGCUCUUUCUCAUUUAGAAUCUCGAGAGACGAAACUCGGCGGUUACCGGAAAUUCAUCACCAAAUUCUAUCGUCGUGAUGCCAAAGAGAAAGACCCGACCGGAGAAGAAGAAACAUUUGCAGAUGUAAUUGAUGUUCUUUGCUUCACGGCUACACCGAGUAACCCUCAUUAUUUGGGACCGUGUGAUGUGGAACUGAUGGCCGAUCAGAUUGUCAGCACAAGCGGUUCGUGCGGACCCAAUUCCGAGUAUAUCACGCGAUUAGCUCAGUUCCUUCUUGAACACAUUCCCGAAGACAAUGACACGUUUCUGUUCACGCUGGAUGCCAAGAUUAAAGAGAAACUGGAUAAGAACCAACCCCGACAACUUUUCUCAAGCCUUAUUGGCCAAAAUCUCCAAGACAGUUUAAACAAAAGCAUUAAAAAUAAAUCAUAA